AUGUUGAUGCUACGCCAAUUUUUCAAUCUCUCGGUCGCUCAAUUACAUAUCUUUAUCUUUUUAUUGAUCAAGAAAAUCAAAAUAAAUCUUGAACAAUUUUCUCAUUGUUCUACUCGUCAUACAUUUCAUUUUGUCGAAGAUAUUGUUGCAUCGUUUCCAACUCUUAAACAGUGUCUUCUUAAUCUACAUCAAUUAAUGCAUCUGGCUCUUCAAGCAACCGGUAAACAUGAUUUAGUUGACGGUAAUCAAUGGAAAAUUUCGAUUUCAAAACAAAUACUAUUAAAUUUAGCUUUAAAAGUCAAAUUUUAA